AUGGUGAAAUUGGUAGAUGCCAUGAGCUCAACUGGAAGUCCUGGUACUAAGCCUUUAAAAAAUUCGCAGUUCAAAUCCGUAUUAACAAUUUCCGUCAGUUUGGCCCCAAAAACUGGGGAAAAACCCAUCUCCUCCUUCAUCUUCCCCAAUCCUCCAUCUCUGCUGACAAUCGACACCACCUCCUCAGUCUUGAGGGCUCAAACGAUGGAACUCAACCAAAGACUGCAAUCCCUCAACGAAAUCAUUAAUUAUAUCAACAGCAGCACAGCCGUCGUCGUUGCCACUGCUGCAGCGAUGCCUCCAGCCACCAAUUGCGUGUUCCAGGCUGAGGAGUUCCAAGGAUUUUCUGAUGGGUUCUUGAACAAUCCAUGGAAUCUAAUGUACAUUAAUCAACAACCAAUCAUGGUCUCAGCUGAUAUGUUUGAUUAUUAA